AUGGACCGACGCAUAAUCUCCCAUGAUCGUUCGCGGUCCCAGAUCACUGUGCGCCACAAGCUCCUCGAUCGAGAAGUAUACAGCCAAGUGCUCAACAAGGGCGACGUCUACUGUGGAUGUGUCUUGUUGCUGGACGAGAGCCACCGGUGCAAGUCCCCUGCGUGGCACAUCAGGGUGUUGGAGCUGUCCCUCGAGGGUAAGGCAACGCCUCAUGCCGAGGUUGCGGAGUGUCAUCCUUUUUGGAACGCGUCGGGUCUUGAAUUUCUCUGCUGCUCGUUGCGGCCGUAUGUGGUGACCUGUGUCGACUCAGGGGGCUUCUGGGCUGUGCCCCUUCAUACCUACGACCUCACCAAUGCAAGCGACAAGAUCAAGAGCCAACACCUCAGUAUCGUUGAUAAAGAUGCCACACCCGAACAGCAGACCGAUACCGAGCCCCUCGUCAUCUACAUGAAGGGAUAUUUCGUCCAAGACUUCCCCCAGAGAUCCGUUGUCCACUUCACGUCGCCACAUAAGUUUCAAUUUGGCUGCCAGGGCACACCCAUUGCCGUUCUCGAUGAGAAGAGCGCCAAUCGCCUCAGCAAGGGAUGGUUUGACGAACUCUGCCGUCCAGUGGUUCCUCCUCUCAGUCCUGCGGAAGGCUUGAGACAUGCCAAUGCAAUGUACGCCGAGCAGAUCCGGGCGACGUUGGAGUGUAGGAAUAGCAUCGGAGAGGGUGAUUCUGAAGACAGUAGAGAGCUCCAGGAGAUGUUGGCGAGAUGUGAGGAAGUCACAAGGAACGAUGAGGCGAGCCUCGAGCCACGCCGCGAUCAGGCUGAUGCCGCAAGUUCGCUGGACUCCCAGACAGCACUUCAGACUACUGGCGCCGAUGAUGCUGACGAGCAACUCAACCCUGUUCGAGAAGACAUGUCAGCCAAGGAACAACUGUCGGACAAUCCAUUCGAUAAUGACGAUGACGUCUACAAGUACUGGGUUCUUUGGGACCAGGAGGACGAGGAAGAAGGUGUUUUCGAUGAGAUCAUCAAGGGUCUCACAUUAACUGACUCGGGCCGCCGCAAUGCCCAGCGGGAGCUGGCGAGAUGGGUCGCGAAGAUGGCCGAGGAUGUCCCUGCCGUCGCUGGCAUUUCCACGGAGCCUCAUUGA